GCAACCAACAGAACACUCAAAAUAUAAAAGAAAUGAAGCAAUUGAGCUGUUUCUGUCACUGCCGUCCCAGCACCAUUUCUUUUAUAUAGUCAAAUUACUAUGCUUAUAACUUAUAUUCAUCACUCUCACUCUUUACUCUAACUUUCAAUCCCCUCAAUGGCUUCUUCUUUCUCAAUUAAUCCCAUAAUAACUCCUACUUCCAAAUUAAGAAAUUACUCUUUUCCAAAUUUAAGAGAGAGUAUAAAUUUUCCAGUAAAGAGUAGUAGUAAUUUGAUGUGUGAGAGGAGUUGUAGAUUUGGUAAAGUGAAGGCUUCUUAUAAUACUGAGGUAGUGGUGGAUGAUCAUGAUGGGGUUGCUGACGUGGAGGAGGGGACUAAUAAGGUUUUGAAAGUGGGCCUAAUAUGUGGUGGCCCAUCUGCUGAGCGUGGAAUUUCUUUGAACUCUGCUCGCUCUGUUCUUGAUCAUAUUCAGGGGGACGAUUUGCAUGUUAGCUGCUAUUACAUUGAUAGCAACCUCAAUGCCUUUGCCAUAUCUACUGCCCAGGUAUACUCAAACACUCCUGCAGACUUUGAUUUCAAACUUGAGAGCCUUGCCCAAGGCUUCCGGUCAUUAUCUGACUUCACAGAGCACCUUGCUUCCUCUGUGGACAUAGUUUUUCCUGUUAUACACGGUCGUUUUGGUGAAGAUGGUGGCAUUCAGGAGCUAUUGGAACGAUCAAAUAUUCCAUUUAUUGGAACAGGGUCCACGCAAUGUCAAAAAGCAUUUGAUAAAUAUGAUGCAUCCGUCGAGCUUGACAGACAAGGUUUCGUGACUGUACCUAAUUUUCUCAUACAGGGAAGUGAAAUUGAUGAAUCUGGACUGUCAAAGUGGUUUGAGCAAAAUCUACUAGAUAUUAAGUCGGGAAAAGUUGUGGUAAAACCAACAAGAGCAGGAUCAAGCAUUGGAGUUAAUGUUGCAUAUGGUGUCGCUGAUUCUCUGGCAAAAGCUAACAGCAUUAUUUCUGAGGGGAUUGAUGACAAAGUCCUUAUCGAGAUUUUCCUUGAAGGAGGUAGUGAAUUUACAGCAAUUGUCCUUGAUGUAGGUUCUGGUUUUGAUUGCCAGCCUGUUGCAUUAUUGCCAACAGAGGUGGAGCUUCAAUCACAUGGCACUGUUGAUGUUAGGGAGAAAGACGCAAUAUUUAACUACCGACGGAAGUAUCUCCCUACUCGACAGGUUGCUUAUCACACUCCACCUAGAUUCUCUAUGGAUGUGAUUUCAAAGAUUCGUGAAGGAGCGUCAUUACUAUUUCAGCGACUUGGCUUGCGUGAUUUUGCUAGAAUUGAUGGUUGGGUUUUGCCACCUUCUACAAAAGCUUCCUCUUCUGCAGGAAACAAAUUUGGAAGGACUGAUUCUGGCACAGUAAUAUUCACUGAUAUCAACUUGAUCAGUGGAAUGGAGCAAACAAGUUUCUUAUUUCAGCAAGCAUCAAAGGUUGGAUUUUCACAUACAAAUAUUCUCCGGACCAUCAUCCAACAUGCUUGCUUGCGGUUUCCAGCUCUUCUUUCACAUAAUAUUAUAUCAAGUCCGUCGAGAAGGAGAUCAAAAUCUUCAUCAGUAACGGAAGCAUUUGUUAAACAAUGUAAGAAAGUGUACGUCAUCUUUGGUGGUGACACCUCUGAACGCCAAGUAUCUCUUAUGAGCGGAACCAAUGUUUGGCUGAAUCUAAGAGCAUCUGAUGAUCUUGAAGUGACACCAUGCUUGCUUGCACCUGCAACGAGUUAUUCUGAUGUUUCAGACCUUGCUAAGCAUGAAGUAGAUGAGAAGUCUAAGACAGUAUGGACAUUGCCUUAUUCCCUUUUGCUGAGACAUACAACGGAAGAAGUCCUUGAUGCGUGUAUAGAGGCAAUUGAACCGAAUCGGGCAGCUUUGACAUCUCACUUGCGGAACCAGGUUAUGGAUGAUCUCACGAGAGGUCUGAAAAAGGACAGUUGGUUCAAUGGGUUUGAUAUAUCCGACGAAUUACCGAAGAAAUUUUCCCUGGACCAGUGGGUCAAGCUAGCUAAGGAAUCUCAGGCGACUGUUUUCAUUGCAGUGCAUGGAGGCAUUGGAGAAGAUGGCACACUUCAAUCUUUGCUAGAGGCUGAAGGGGUUCCCUAUACAGGUCCUGGCGUCAUGGCUUCAAAAACAUGUAUGGACAAAGUUGCAACCUCUCUUGCUCUACAACAUCUGACAGAUUUUGGAGUCCUUACAAUAAAUAAAGAUGUGAGGACGAAAGAGGAUCUGCUGAAAAUGUCCAUAUCUGAUCUCUGGCAUGAUUUGAAGUCAAAACUUUACUCUGACACUUUAUGUGUUAAACCAGCUAGAGAUGGUUGCUCAACUGGUGUGGCCAGAUUGUGCUGCGAGGGGGACCUUGCCUUCUAUGUAAAUGCACUGCAGGACUGCCUACCUCGUAUUCCUCCUAACAGCCUGUCAAAGGCACAUGGAAUGAUUGAGAUGCCAAACCCUCCCCCGGAGCUCUUAAUAUUCGAACCUUUUGUUGAGACUGAUGAGAUAGUUGUUGCAUCCAAAUCCAGAAAUGAGAAUGCACACAAUUUGCUCUGGAAAGGGGACAGUAGAUGGGUAGAGGUCACCGUUGGUGUUAUAGGAAAACGUGGAUCUAUGCGUUCAUUGACCCCUAGUGUAACCGUGAAAGAAUCUGGAGAUAUAUUAUCACUGGAGGAGAAAUUCCAAGGUGGAACCGGCAUCAAUCUGACUCCACCACCACCAUCUAUUAUGAGUAGUGCGGCCUUGGAAAGGUGUAAAAAGCACAUUGAACUUAUUGCAAACACUCUACAAUUAGAAGGAUUUUCACGUAUAGAUGCAUUUGUUCAUGCUGACACUGGUGAGGUGCUGAUUAUAGAAGUGAAUACAGUUCCUGGAAUGACUCCUUCCACUGUCUUGAUACAUCAGGCACUUUCAGAGCAACCUCCUCUGUAUCCACAACAGUUCUUCCGCACAUUGCUUGAUCUGGCAUCAGAGAGAUCCAUGUGAAUACUAUUUUGUCACAAAAGUUCAGGUGUGCAUGGCUUCAUUUCCAUCUUUCUAUCUGUUUUGCAUCGAUCCACUUCUUUCCCAUGCUCUGGAAGUAUGUCAAUUCAAGGCUGUUUGCAAAGUGUAGUGGAGGAGAAUCUUUCCAGGAUUUGGUUGUCUUCCAAGUUGUACAUGUUGAACUACACCAGAUGCAGAUUGCCCCUCUUGUGCUUCUGAUUAUCUGAUGGUUGUUUUCUGUUUCCACUGUGAUCUUAACUUUUUCCGUGUAAUAUUUGUUUCAUCUCAAUGCAUCUCCCCAGAUAAAUGGGACAUAAUAUGUCAAAUAUGAAACUGAAAAGGGGAUCAUGUUUGAUUCAGGAA